UUAAGUUCGUUGUGCAUUUCACCCCCUUUGAGUUGGGCGUGUUCUUGUGGAUUGUCGUUUUGAUUGCUUCUUCAUUUCCAUAGAAAAACAAAUGCGAUUUUCAUUACCCUCAAAUCCCAAAUCGAGAACAUUCCAUUGCCACAAUGUCCAAUCUUUAUCUUAUGGUUUUUGUUCUGGUCCCUGCGUUGAUGUGUAGCACUGUGGAAUCAAUGAUGUUCGAGCUGAAACCCUCUCACACGAAGUGCAUUUCCGAGGACGUGAAGGCCAACGGCUUCUCCUCCGGCAGUUACAACGUCGUUAAUCCCAACAAUGUCGGCACCGUUCCUGAUCAUCACAAAAUCUCUGUUAAGGUGCGUUCGCCUAAUGGAAAUGGUUAUCACUAUGGGGAUAAUGUGCUGUUCGGUGAGUUUGCAUUUACUGCAGCUGAGUCUGGUGAUUACAGUGCUUGUUUUUCGGUGGCAGGACAUACCCCGGAUACUGUUACCGUUGAGUUUGUUUGGAAAACUGGGAUUGCUGCCAAGGAAUGGAAUAAUGGUGGCGGCAGGAAAAACCACAUUGAUGUAAUGGAAAUGGAGUUAAAGAAGUUGAAUGAUGCUGUCACUUCUAUCCACGACGAGAUGUUUUAUCUUCGCGAAAGGGAGACAGAGAGGCAAUAUCUUACGGACGAGACUAGCAGCAAGAUGUUCAGCUACAGUUUUCUUUCAAUUGUAGUUUGUUUGUCUGUGGCUAGUUUGCAACUAUGGCAUUUGAAGACAUUCUUUGAGAGGAAGAAGCUCCUCUAAAAUGGGUUUUUCUCAUUUGGAUUUCUUCUUUUUGACACGUUAUUGAAUAUAUGUUAGAAUAUGUAAAAAAAUGUUAUAUAUUGUACAAUAAGUUAUUUAUCAAAAAAUUGUUGAUUAUACUGAUUGAA